ACUGAGUCUCUGAGCAGAUGCGCGCCGACCUUGGAGUCUCCAGGCGCGCAGCGGAUGAUUUUGCGCACUGGAGUCAAGCAGAUCUGAAGGAGCGGUCUGCAUGACGGACCGCAGUCUUGGCACCGGCUACACGGGACUCAUUUGGUAGCAUUUCACUGCGCAUAGAGACGACUUCUUGCUCAUAUCGCUCCGGAUUUAACAGAAGAAAACUGUUCGGCUGGAUUUGAAAGUUAGACAACUAAGUCGCUGUUUGAAGACAUCUCAUUAGAGAAAAUUCCAACAUCCUGAGAGACGGGGACGUUUAAAGAGGAUUGUUGAACUCUUUGCUGGAUUGAGCAGGGAUGAUUCCAGCGUGAGCUAUCAGUAAAUUUGCAGAACAGUGAUGUUUCAGCGGCAUGCGCGUCUUCUCUCCAAGUCUUCCAGAGAGGAUUUAACCGCCGCUCAUCUUGAAUAAAACCGACAAUUAGCAGAAGAUGAGAGCCCUGCAAACCUUCUUGUUGUUUUUCCUCCUGCACCAGGUCACAUGCAGGAAGGUGCAUGGAAGCGCCACAGAACUCAUCGAGUGGAGGGACAGUGAUAAUGAACAGAAGAUUUCUCCCCCUGGGGCAAGUCCACGGAUUCUCAACCCCCUGCGUUUGUUUGCCAGGGGGUCCCCCGAGCUCAAGAGCAACAUGAGGGAAAUGACAUAUUUACAGAACAUGGAGGACUUUUGGGACUGGUUAUCUAACCAGACAGAUGUUCAGGGUGCACAGGCCAGAACUAAACGCAGACCCAUCGUGAAGACUGGCAAGUUCAAAAAAAUGUUUGGGUGGGGGGACUUCCACUCAAACAUCAAGACAGUCAAGCUCAACCUACUGAUCACAGGAAAGAUCGUGGACCACGGGAACGGCACAUUUAGCGUUUACUUUCGCCACAACUCAACCGGAAUGGGGAACGUCUCUGUAAGCCUGGUACCGCCAUCCAAGGUUGUGGAGUUUGAGAUCGCCCAGCAGUCCACGCUGGAGACUAAAGACACAAAGUCAUUCAACUGUCGCAUUGAAUACGAGAAGACGGACCGGAACAAGAAGACUGCCCUGUGCGGAUUUGACCCGUCCAAGGUGUGCUAUCAGGAGCACACACAGAGCCAUGUGUCAUGGCUGUGCUCCAAACCCUUCAAAGUCAUAUGCAUCUAUAUAGCCUUUUAUAGUGUGGACUAUAAACUGGUGCAGAAGGUUUGCCCUGACUACAACUACCACAGUGACACACCUUACUCCUCCACAGGAUGACCUAGCUGUUAGGUUGCAGCAGUCUUUUUUUUAUCUCAAUGUCAAACUCUAAACUCAGUGUCCCAAAAACAACCCUUAAUACUUGAAUUUGCUUAAAGAAAGUCAACUCGCAUUGGGGCAAACACUACUGAAAUAUUUGGCAAAACCUCUGUAAAUAUAGUACAUGUAUCCAGAAAAAAAAUAAAAAUACUUCAGACAGGUCUUCUGGGACUUGGUUUUAGGGGUUUGACGAUGUUAAAAGGCAGUGCUAGCUCCCAACCCUUGGUAAAUCCUCAUCACAACAGCACAUGUUCUCUGGUGUAAUUAGUGUGUUGUUCAGAUGUUUUUUCUCAAGGCUAGACCAUGGGCAAAGUGUUGCACCAAUUAAAAGUGCAAACCUGGAUUCUGGAAGUGCUGGAGUCAAAAAUUGUUAUUGGUUAAUAUAUGACAAGAUUUUGAUCCAUCUUACAAAUUUUUUUCUGGGGCGCGUGGCAUAGCUGUAGAAGCUCUGGGCUCAAAUACAGAGGCCUCAGUCUCAACGCAGCUGUCCCAGGUGCGAGUCCUGACCCUGGAGACCUGCAUGUCUUCCCACCUGUCCUCACCCACUUCCUGUCUACUUAAAAAAAAAAUAACAAAAUUAAAGGCCACCAAUGCAGCAAAGAAAGAAAAUGUAAUAAUUACUUUUUUAAUGCAGUUAUUUAAUAAUGCAUACAGUAAUGAAAUAUUCAUUAAAGAAUACCCCUGUAUUGUGAAAAAAUGGGUAAAAGGUUUAUUGACUUUGAGCUAGAGCUGUCAUCCAUUUAUGUGUUAGAAAAACUCAAAAAGGAUAGUCUCUAUUAUUUCAAAAUUACUCAGUAAGUGUUUUUUUCUUGAAGAUUUAAAAUAAAAUAUUAAUAAUUACAUACAUAUUUUGUUAUUUUUCUUAUCUUUGGAUUAAUAUGACGCAAAUGGAUUAAUCCAGCCUAUUCCAUGUGACAAAAUACUUUGAUCAAACAAAUCUAAUUUAAAGAAUAACGGAAGCUUCUAUGAUAACACAUACGUUACAAUGCCCAGCAAACAUACUCACACUGCUUGAACUUUUCCACAUUCAGCUCCCCUGAAUCAAUACAUUGCAGAACCUUCUUUCACUGCACUUACAGCUGAAAGUCUUGUGGGGUGUGUCUCAGCUUUGCAAAUCUAGAAAUGUUUGCCUGUUUUUUAUUUAGUUCAAACUAUGUCAGACUGUAUUGAGAGUAUCUCUAGACUUUGACUGAGGAAUUUGAAUACCAUUUCACUCUAGAUCUGAUUGUAUGUCUAUGGCUCUGGUUCUGCUGGAAGGUGAACCUCCACUCCAGCCUCAAGUUUUUUGCAGCCUCUAGCAUGUUUUCUUCCAGCAUUGCCCAGUACUUAGAUCCACUUCUCUUCCCAUAAAGUCUGAGUAGCUUCCCAUUCCUAACUGAAGAAAAGCAUCCCCACAGCAUGAUGCUGCCACCAGCUGCCACCACCUUGUAUUACUGUGAGGACAGUACGUUCAGGCUGAAGUGCAGUGUUAGUUACGUGUCACAUAUGUUGUUUUGCAUGUAGACCAAAAUGUUAUUUUUGUCUGAUUUGACUAGAGAAUGUUUGCUGCUAACCCUAAAUAGCUUGUGGCAAACUGCACAUGGGACUUCUUAAUGUUGUCUUUCAAGAAUGGCUUUCUUCUUGUUGCGCUAAAUUCCAGAUUUCUGAAGUGCACAGCUAAUAAUAUUAAUCAAUCCACUGACUUAACGCGCUUAUCUUGGCAGACUCACGGGUGGGGUGAUGCCUAUCUUCAACGGUGAUUGGACAAGAGGCAGCGUAUACCCUAGACAGGUCACCAGUCUAGAGUAAAUAAAUACCCUAACAUGCACAUUUUUAGACUGUGGGAGGAACCAAGAGUAUCCAGAGAGAACCCAUGCUCUCAACUGUGCCGGUGUGCAUGCAGCCCAACUAAUAAUAAUAAUAAUAAACCUCCUGUUAACAUGUUCUCCCUCCUGAGAUGUGGAUCUCUGCAGAGGUAUUGUUACUGUGGGCCUGUCCUACUUUUUAAGUGACGUCUGAAGAAAAUUGGCUGAGACAGAUUUUAUUUAGGGGUAUCAGGGUAAAGGAGACAGAAUACAAAUGAAUACCGCCCUUUUCAGAUUUUUUUAGUAAAAAUAAAAUUGAAAACAAUAUUAAUUUUCUUUCCACUUCAUAAUUGUAUACUGCUUUAUGUUGGUCCAUUACAUUAAAUCUCAAUACAACAAACUGGAGUGUGUCUUUGUAAGGUGAGAACAUGUGGAAAUGUUCAAGGGAUAUAAAUACUUUUGCCAGGCACUGUAGUGUAUAUCAGUUCUCCAGUGUUGAUUUUCCUGCUGUUAUUAUCCGAAGGUAUGUGUGUGCUAAACUGCUCUGAAAUCCAACAUCUGUGUUUGCAGGAUGCACUUUGAGGCAUCAUCCUGCCGAGCGAGCCAUGCAGUGGAUUAAUGUGUCAGGAGAGGAGGGGAGGAGGAUGCAAUAAUUGCAGGACAGGUGGAUUUAGUGAGUCUGGCAGACAAUUAUCAGUACUUUGUCAUGGUCCUGCUACCAGCCCUGACAUCACCUGUCUUAAAUAGGCUUUAAUUAGCCUGGAAAUUUCUAUUCACCAAGAGUAGAGAAGCUGAAAAAGAAUGAGCAGAAGUAAAAAAAAUAAAUAAAACUUCUGUAAUUUUAAGAAGAAAUGGGAAUAUAUUCAGGCUUUACCCAAACGUACAGCAAGCCUAAGCUGGCAGACUUAAAAGUGGUAAUAUCCAAUCUAGUAGUACACGGUGUAAUGUGCUUUGACAUUGCAAUCACCCAGACAGUUUUAAAAGAUUUCGUUGGAAAGCACCAUCACACAGAAAGCCGUAGAUUACGGCUUUCUGUGUGAUGGUGCUUUCCAACGAGUCUAAGGGUUUUAGGUGAGGGCAUGUGCCACAGAUGACACUGCAAUUAUUUCUGUCGAUGCUACUUCAUGGUCCCAUCAUCUGUAAAUGAUCCUGUCACCUUGUUGGUGAGGUGUAUGAUAAAUCAGAGUCAGUCUGCAGUACAAUGAUAUUUUUAGUUUUACUCCUUGUGCCAAUGCUGUGUGUUUAACGUGUAAUUCUAAAACCAGAUGUGUUUAAUUAUGGCUUCAGAGUAAAUGAUGUCAGUUUAUUUUCCUUAGGGAUAUUUCACUGUGUACUUCUCCUAAUUUUUGGUGUUUUAUCAGAAUUACCAUGUACAUAAAUGUUGAACCUAUUGCCUGUUGUCACAGAUUGCUUUAUUUUCCAUUUCUGUAAUUUCACAUUAUUGCUGUUUUGAUUUCCUGCUUGGUUAAAGCUGUUUUAACAUUUUAUUCCCUGUAAAAUAGAAAAAAAAACACUUCUGAGUGUAGUGUGAUUGCACAUGUUCAUAUUCAUAGGAAGUUAAUUUUCUUAACAUUUAAUGUUUGAAGAUCACUUUAAGACUUUAUGGCAUUAAACCUUAUAAGAAAUUGGCUCCCA